AUCAAGAUAAUACAUGUGGUCCCCAAAAUGUUCCACCAGGAGGUGUUUUGGGGGCAGUUAACUAAGAGGGGGCUUCCAGACAGAUGGAGGAGUUGAUAUAUAUGAGGUCACAGAUCUACUCCCUCUCCCCCUUCAAAAGAAACUACUCGGCUCCAUUUGUCUCAGAAUCUAGAGGAAGUUGACAAAGGUGCCACAGCAGCACAGCACAGUACAAUAUGUGGUGGGGAGUUUUCAGCUUGCUGGCUUGGUUCCCCUUACAAGAGGCCUCUCUGACUAACCACACAGAAACCAUCACCGUGGAGGAAGGCCAGACGCUCACUCUAAAGUGUGUCACUUCUCUAAGGAAGACCUCCUCCCUCCAGUGGCUGACCCCCUCAGGGUUCACCAUUUUUUUAAAUGAGUAUCCUGCUUUUAAAAAUUCCAGAUACCAGCUUCUCCAUCACUCGGCCAAUCAGCUCUCCAUCAGCGUGUCUAACGUAACCCUGCGAGAUGAAGGCGUGUACAAGUGCUUACAUUACAGCGACUCUGUGAGCACAAAGGAAGUGAAAGUGAUUGUGCUGGCAACUCCUUUCAAGCCAAUCCUGGAAGCUUCAGUUAUCAGAAAGCAAAACGGAGAAGAACAUGUUGUACUCAUGUGCUCCGCCAUGAGAAGCAAGCCCCCUCCACAGAUAACCUGGCUACUUGGGAAUGGCGUGGAGGUCUCUGGUGGAACCCACCAUGAAUUUGAAACUGAUGGGAAGAAAUGUAAUACUACCAGCACUCUCAUAAUCCACACUUACGGCAAAAAUUCAACAGUGGACUGCAUUAUCCGGCACAGAGGCCUGCAAGGGAGAAAACUAGUAGCACCCUUCCGGUUUGAAGAUUUGGUUACUGAUGAAGAGACAGCUUCAGAUGCUCUGGAGAGAAACUCUGUAUCCUCUCAAGACCCACAGCAGCCCACCAGUACUGUGUCGGUAAUGGAAGAUUCUAGUACAUUGGAAAUUGAUAAAGAAGAGAAAGAACAAACCACUCAAGAUCCUGACUUGACCACCGACGCAAAUCCUCAGUAUUUAGGAUUGGCAAGGAAGAAAAGUGGCAUCCUGCUGCUCACGCUGGUGUCCUUCCUCAUCUUCAUACUCUUCAUCAUAGUCCAGCUCUUCAUCAUGAAGCUGCGGAAAGCACAUGUCAUAUGGAAGAAAGAAAACGAAGUUUCAGAACACACACUGGAAAGUUACAGAUCAAGGUCAAAUAAUGAAGAAACAUCAUCUCAAGAGAAAAAUGGCCGAUCUUCCCACCCUGUGCGUUGCAUGAACUACAUCACAAAGUUGUACUCAGAAGCAAAAACAAAGAGGAAGGAAAAUGUACAGCAUUCAAAAUUAAACGAAAAGCACACCCAAGUGCCAGAGAGUAUCGUGUAGUGCUCUCUGCAACAGAACAUGUGAUUUCAGGGUUGCCGCAGUGUCACCUCAGUGGACCAGCCUGGGGGAAGGAGCUUAAUUGCUGAGACGUUAGCAAUGACCUCGCAGUGCAAUGCAAGACGGUGUCCUUGGAUAAUGAUCCGCCCCAGAGCUAGGGCAGCAACGUGAGGACCAAACCAUGCACAUAAAGCUUGUAGUUUAAAAAAGAAAAGAAAAAAAAAAAAUUAUGUCUGACACUACUUCAGAGCAGGAGGAUUCUACGAAGCCUUGGGGAUCAGGGUCAAUGUGACCAGCUAACAUCUUACCUCAAAUGGAACAGGAUUUUUCAGAUGCUUUGCUCUAAUGGAACUGCUUUAAAAAAAUUUUUUUUUUGUUUAAUAUUUUCUUCUGGUCACAAAAUAAAGAAAUUUGGGAUGCAAAGUACCUAAAGAUCUCUGAUCCUAAGAAGUUACUUCUGGCCGGGCGUGGUGGCUCACGCCUGUAAUCCCAGCAGUUUGGGAGGCUGAGGUAGGCGGAUCACUUGAGGUCAGGAGUUCGAGACCAGACUGGCCAACAUGGUGAAACCCUGUCUCUAUUAAAAAUGCAAAAAUUAGCCAGGUGUAGUGGUGUGCACCUGUAGUCUCAGAUACUCGGGAGACUGAGGCUGGGAAAUCACUUGAACCUGGGAGGUGGAGAUUGCAGUAAGUCGAGAUUGCACCACCACACUCCAGCCUGGGCGGCUGAGGGAGAUUCUGUCUCAAAAAAAAAAAAAAAAAAAAAAAGAAGUUACUUCUAAGACAGACUUUAAAGAUGUAACCAGCACAAACCAAUGUCAGGGAGGAGUGAUGCAUGACAAUAAAUGAGUCAGAUGGGCAUGAAGGUCCUAGAACCCAUGCCCCAAGGCACAAAGAAGAGCUCAAGGUAGGCCCAAAGAUUCGAAUUUCUUAGAUUACUAAACCACCUGAGCUGACCUUGUCUGUCAGACAAGAUUUUUACCUGGAGAUUCCAUGACAAAUACAUGUGCAAAAGAAAAUGAUGGGUUUAAUUUACUGAUUAUUGACCUAAUGGAUGGCUUUUUAAAAUUUUUUAAUAAAAAGCAGACUAUAUGUUUUUCUAGUGGCUAUACCAAGUUAUACUUCCUGUUUUCAUAUGUGAAAGUAACUGGGACAUGCCUUUCUUUUUCAAUCAGUUUAUUUAAGCUAUACAGCAAACUCUGGCAUUUAUGUGGAGCAUUUCUCAUUGUUGGAAUCUGAAUAAACCGAUUACAAAAUAA